AUACAGCCUAACAUUUACGCACAAUAGCAGGCGCUGCCUUCCUUGUGCCGUCACCAUCUCAACUCUGAUAACGACCGCCAUGAGCCAACGAAAGCCGUCCAACACGCAGGGGGAGAAUGGGAACGGGAACGGGGAGACGACGAAGGCGGCGGCGCUGCAGCAGUACAACGACACCGAGGGCCACUUCUCGCUGGUCAGGAACUUCCGCCUAGCGGAUCUGGUCACCAUCAUGAACGGCGUGUGCGGGUCGUUCUCGGUGUUCUCGUCUGCGCGGUACAUCCUCACGAAUGACCACGACUACUUGUGGUCCGCCCUCAUGUUCCCCCUUGCGGGACUCAUGUUUGACUUUCUCGACGGAAAGGUAGCGCGGUGGAGGAGGGAGAGUAGUAUGCUCGGACAGGAGCUUGACAGUCUGGCUGACCUGAUCUCUUUCGGCGUUGCCCCAGCUCUUGUUGCGUUCGUGGUGGGACUACGAACGUAUCUCGACACUGUAGUCCUCACCGGCUUUAUCUGCUGCGGACUUGCUCGCCUAGCCCGCUUCAACGCAACUGUAGCGCUGGUACCGAAGGACAAGUCUGGCAAAGCAAAAUACUUCGAGGGCCUCCCCAUCCCAUCUUCGCUCAUCCUUGUCGGCGUCCUUUCGGUCUGGACAAAACUGGGUUGGAUCGAGGGUCAAGCCGGCGUUCCCUGGGGCACCAUCACGCUCUGGGGCAAGCAGGGAGGAAGCGGAGAGAUUCAUCUGGCUAGCAUUGUGUUUGGCUGCUGGGCCGCUGCUAUGGUCAGCAAGACGUUGAAGGUGCCGAAAAUCUGAAGUGCAGGGAGACUUAUGGACAAUGAUGUGGUGAUACUCGUACUAUAGAACCUGGAUACAGACGGUAUUGCUAAUGCGCACACACUCAAUCAAAGUAGUUACGUGGUGCUAUUAUGACUCCCGAUUCACCUUGGAUUUCAGUAGCGUUACAUUCACUGUGCACUGUGACCUAGG